AAAAGAAGUAAGUUGAGAUACGAAACUUCCGACGAUAGUUAUGAAGCUAGGAGUAGCCACGUCACGAGACCUAUCCUCAGCCGCCAGAUCACCAACCCCUUCACCGAAGCAGUCAACGUUCUCCGCCGCACUACAACUUCUUGUACGAAACCAUGAUUCAUCUCUAUUUCCUUCUGAUUUCUUCUUUGGCACAGCUUCUUCUGCUUUCCAGUAUGAAGGUGCCUUCUUAACCGAUGGAAAAGGUCUGAACAAUUGGGAUGUCUUUGCCCAUGAAAACCCUGGGAAAAUAGUUGAUGGGAGCAAUGGAGACAUAGCCACGGAUCAAUAUCAUCGAUAUAUGGAAGAUAUCCAAUCAAUGUCUUUUCUUGGAGUCAACAGUUACAGAUUAUCAAUUUCCUGGUCUAGAGUCUUACCUAAUGGAAGAUUUGGAGGUAUUAAUUAUAAGGGAAUAAAGUAUUACAACAAUUUGAUCGACGCUCUCAUUAGAAAAGGGAUUACACCAUUUGUGACGUUGAACCAUUUCGACUAUCCUCAAGAACUCGAGAACCGGUUCAAAAGUUGGUUAAGCUCCGAGAUGCAGAAAGAUUUCGCGUACUUAGCUGAUAUAUGUUUUAAACAUUUUGGAGACCGAGUUAAACACUGGAUCACGAUUAACGAACCAAACCAACAAAUAAUCUUAGCCUACCGAAGUGGUUUAUUUCCACCAUCCCGGUGCUCCAUGCCAUACGGAAAUUGUACUCAGGGGAACUCGGAAACUGAGCCUUUUAUAGCCGCUCAUAAUAUGAUCCUCGCACAUGCAAAGGCGAUUCAAAUAUACCGAACCAAAUAUCAAAAAGAACAAAGGGGAAUCAUUGGCAUUGUGGUACAAACAUCAUGGUUUGAACCCAUAAGCGAUUCGAUUGCGGAUAAAAAUGCUGCAGAGAGAGCUCAAUCAUUUUAUUCAAAUUGGAUUCUAGAUCCCGUUGUAUAUGGGAAGUAUCCGGAAGAAAUGGUGAAUAUACUUGGAUCAGCUUUGCCGAGAUUUUCGAGUAAUGAAAUGAAUAGCCUAAAUAAUUACAAAUCAGACUUUUUGGGUAUUAAUCACUACACAAGUUACUUCAUCCAAGAUUGUUUGAUCACUGCUUGUAAUUCUGGAUCUGGAAAUGGAGCUUCUAAAACCGAAGGAUUCGCCCUCAAAUUAGACCGGAAAGGCAAUGUUUCAAUCGGUGAACUUACUGACGUCAAUUGGCAGCAUAUUGAUCCUGACGGUUUCAAGAAGAUGUUAAAUUACCUUAAAAAUAGGUACCACAACAUGCCAAUGUUCAUCACAGAAAAUGGUUUCGGAAACUUGCAAAAACCCGAGACGACGGUUAAAGAACUUCUGGAUGAUACAAAAAGGAUACAAUACAUGAGUGGAUAUUUGGAUGCUUUGAAAGAAGCAAUGAGGGAUGGAGCAAAUGUGAAGGGAUAUUUCGCAUGGUCACUAUUAGAUAAUUUCGAAUGGUUGUACGGAUACAAGCUUAGAUUUGGUUUAUUCCACGUUGAUUAUACAACUCUGAAAAGGACACCAAAGCAAUCAGCUUCAUGGUACAAGAACUUCAUUGAACAGCACGAGAACAUUUUAGGAGAUUCAUUUACAUUUCCUUCUGAUUUUCUCUUUGGCACUGCUUCUUCUGCGUACCAGUAUGAAGGUGCUUUCUUGACCGAAGGAAAAGGAUUGAACAAUUGGGACAUAUUUACGCAUGAAUAUCCUGGGAUCAAACCAUUUGUGACGGUGAACCAUUUGGACUAUCCUCAAGAACUCGAAAACCGGUUUCAAAGUUGGCUGAGCCCCGAGAUGCAGAAAGAUUUCAUGUACUUGGCUGAUACAUGUUUUAAACAUUUUGGUGACCGAGUUAAACUCUGGACAACAUUAAAUGAACCAAACAACCAAAUAAUCCUGAGCCAUCUAAAAGGCACAUUUCCACCGUCUCGCUGCUCCUUACCAUAUGGAAACUGUAGUCAAGGGAACUCGGAAACCGAGCCUUUCAUAGCUGCGCAUAACGCAAUCCUCGCACACGCAAAGGCGGUUCACUUAUAUCGAACUAAAUAUCAGGAAGAGCAAAAGGGAAUCAUCGGCAUUGUGGUGCAAACAUCAUGGUUUGAACCCAUCAGUGAUUCUAUUGCGGAUAGAGAAGCUGCAGAGCGAGCUCAAGCUUUUUAUUCCAAUUGGAUUCUAGAUCCGAUUAUAAACGGAAAAUAUCCAAAAGAAAUGGUGAAUAUACUUGGAUCAGCCUUGCCGAGAUUUUCAAGAAAGGAAGUCGAGAAUUUAAAGGAGUCGCAGCCAGAUUUUGUGGGCAUUAAUCACUAUACAAGUUACUUCAUUCAAGAUUGUUUGUUAUCAUCUUGUAAUAUUGGAGAUGGAGCUUCGAAAGUGGAAGGAUAUGCACUCAAGUUGGACCGAAAGGGCAAUGUUACCAUUGGAGAACUUACUGAUGUAAAUUGGCAGCACAUUCAUCCUGAAGGAUUCCGGAAAAUGUUGAAUUACCUAAAAGAUAGGUACCACAACAUACCGAUGUUCAUAACGGAAAACGGUUUCGGAGACUUGCAAAAACCCGAGACAACUGUAAAAGAACUUCUAAAUGAUACAAAGAGAAUACAAUACAUGAGUGGAUACUUGGAUGCUUUGCAGUCAGCAAUGAGGUAAAGAGACUAUGAAUUGUGCAGUGAAGAAAACAGUUAAAUUCGUUUGUAAAAGUGACAUCGUUUUGUUGUUUUGCAGGUUUGGCUGAAGGAACGAUGCCGUUUUGAGGAGCCUCUGCAUGAUGCAUCCGUUGGAGUCUUGUCCUUUUGUGAGGAUGGUAAAUAUUUCGUUUUGGGUUUGCUAAUUUUCAGGAUUGGAGUUCAGAGUAAAGUUUUUGAUUAUCU